AUGAUUUAUCUGCUGCUCUUCCUGAACUUCUUUGUAUCUGCAACAGACAACUGGGCAAUCAUUUUGAACUCCUCUAAAUUUUAUUUCAAUUACCGUCACACAGUAAAUGCGCUGCUAAUUUAUCAGAUGAUAAAGCGAUAUGGAAUCCAAGAUGAUCAUAUCAUUUUCAUGCUUCCUGAAAAUGUUGCUUGCCAUCCAAGAAACUCUUACCCUGGACGCAUGUAUGAUGGAAAACAUCAGGAAGAUAUUUAUGCAGGAAAUAUAGAAGUUGACUACAGAGGGCAAGACCUGACGCCUGAGUCCAUUGUGAGGGUUUUGACUGGAAGACAUGACCCAUCAACUCCUAUUAGCAAAAGGCUGAGGUCAGGCCCAAAUAGCAAAGUAUUUUUCUUUAUGAACGGGCACGGAGGGGACAGCUUCUUAAAAAUUCAAGAUACAAUGGUUUUGAGAAAUGUGGAUUUAGGGGAGGCCAUCAAAGAAAUGAAUGCUAAAGAAAGGUUUGGAGAACUGCUGAUCAUUUUGGACACUUGCCAAGCCUUCAGUAUGUUUAACUAUGUGGAUUUGCCCAAUGUUUACACUAUGGCAAGCAGCUUAACUGGGCAGAUGGCAAAAUCAUAUGGAUCAAAUGAAGAGCUCGGGAUUUCGAUGACUGAUCAUUUUAGCUACUUUUUUAGUGAUAUUUUCAGAGGAAAGUCUUAUGACAGCAUUAAGAAGAUGAAUUUGAAGCACAUUAUAGACAGCCUACCUUCUAAUCUGAUCAUGUCAGAUAUUGGCUAUAAAGCCAAAGUUUCAGCUGAUAAAAUAAAAAUUGCAGGCUAUAUUGGAGAAGAGCUAGACAGGACUUAUAUUCCUGAACUCUCAUAUACUAUAGAAGAAAAAAAUGAAUUUAAAUGGAACUUUGGCUCUAGAAAAGCAGAAGAAAAGUCAUCAUUUUACACAGUCUCAAGGUUUAAUUCAUCCGUCUUUGCUGCCACUACAGUUUUAAUAGUAUUUCAAGCAAUCAUUUUCCUAAUAAACUAUCUUUAA